GCCAUAAUUCCAACGCAAGAUCGUUCGAAGAAGGAAGCAGCAGCGACAUGUCCAAGGGAGAAUGCCAGACGAAGAACGUCAACGAGUAUGACAACGAGGAUGAGCUGAAUGAACCCCCGUCCAAGAUCCUGGACGAGGGCGAUAUCGCGCUGCUCAAGACGUACGGCCUCGGACCGUACUCGCGCAGCAUCAAGAGCGUCGAGGACGACAUCAAGAAGGUGCAGCAAAGCGUCAACGACUUGGUCGGGAUCAAGGAGAGCGACACGGGGCUGUCGAUUCCUUCCCAAUGGGAUCUCGUCAGCGACAAGCAGAUGCUCCAGGAAGAACAGCCACUGCAAGUCGCGCGAUGCACCAAGAUCAUCAACGCCGGCGAGGACGACGCCAAGUACAUGAUCAAUGUCAAGCAAAUUGCAAAGUUCGUGGUCGGUCUCGGCGAGAAGGUCGCGCCCACGGACAUUGAGGAAGGCAUGCGGGUGGGUGUCGACCGCACCAAGUAUGCGAUCCAGAUCCCGUUGCCUCCCAAGAUCGAUCCCACGGUAUCGCUCAUGACGGUAGAAGACAAGCCCGAUGUGACCUACGACGACGUGGGCGGGUGCAAGGACUCGCUGGAAAAGCUGCGCGAAGUCGUGGAGCUGCCGUUGCUGCACCCCGAACGGUUUGUCAACCUCGGCAUCGACCCCCCCAAAGGCGUGUUGCUGUACGGUCCGCCUGGGACUGGGAAGACGCUGUCUGCGCGCGCCGUCGCGAACCGCACGGACGCAUGCUUCAUUCGCGUGAUCGGCAGCGAACUCGUCCAGAAGUACGUCGGCGAAGGCGCGCGCAUGGUCCGCGAACUGUUCACGAUGGCCCGGUCCAAGAAGGCAUGCAUUGUCUUCUUUGACGAAGUCGACGCCAUCGGCGGCGCCCGCAGCAGCGGCGAGGAAGGUGGCACGGACAACGAAGUCCAGCGCACGAUGCUUCAGAUUGUCACCGAGCUCGACGGGUUUGACCCCCGGGGGAACAUCAAAGUGCUAAUGGCGACGAACCGACCGGAUACGCUGGACCCGGCCCUCAUGCGCCCGGGGCGGCUGGAUCGGAAGGUCGAAUUCACGGUCCCCGAGCUGGAGGGGCGGACGCAAAUCCUCCAAAUCCACGCGAAGAGCAUGAGUUGUGACCGCAAUAUUCGCUUUGAGCUCAUUGCACGCCUCUGCCCCAACACCACGGGGGCGGAGCUGCGCAGUGUGUGCACCGAGGCGGGCAUGUAUGCGAUCCGAGCGCGCCGCAAAAGCGUGAGCGAGAAGGAUUUCCUCGAGUCGGUCAACAAGGUGAUCAAGGGGUACCAAAAGUUCUCGUCCACGCCCAAGUACAUGGUGUACAACUAGCACUUUAGUACUUUGCCACUUGUUAAUCAUCUUUCCAGCCUUCGAAAUCCAUCGCCCGACACUUAUCCGAAUCCGGAUAGACAGAGCAUACAGUCCAAUCAAAUAGCGGGAAGACAAUCGACUAGCCAAUGAAAUUGAUACAACUCAAAAUUUCAACCAAUGGUACUUCAUCGAUGUUUGGCCCAAGGAUUUGUUUGGCCCAUUUG